UGGUUCUAAAGGUAGAUGGAGAACUACAGUAAAAUUGAUGUCACAGAGUUAUUCCACACUUACGGAAAUGAUUUCCAGAAGUAUAUUUCUGAUGCAGAAGAGACAAUCCAUAGACUUAAGAGUCUAGCAGCUGUAAAUCCUAAUAAUAAAACUGUUCAAAGAGUAUCUGAUGAUGCAGAUGAACUUUUGAAUAAUGCUCAAGAAUGAUUAAAGCAUAUGGAACUUGAAGCACUCUCGCUUCCUCCAAGUAGUAAGCAAAGCUAUACUUCUAAAGUGGCUGAUUACAAGCGUAGAUAUAACAGUAGUAACAGAGAAUUGUCAAGUGUAAAACUUGGGCUUCAUUCUUCUAACGAUAUUGAAAAUGAUGGAUCCAAAGUGGAUAAAUACCUUCAUAGUCUAUCUAAAUAGCAAUAACAAGCUAAGAAAUGUAGUAGCUAUUGGAGAAGAGGCUGAAAGAGUUGCAAGGGAUACCAAAGUGAACCUCCAUUCUAACUCAGACAAACUAAGAAAUAUUCAAGGAAAUGUCAACAGAGUGAGGACUGAGCUUACAUUGUCAGAUAGACUAAUAAACAUUAUCAGGAGAAAUGAAACUAAAAAUAAAAUUAUCCUCUACUGUAUAAUUUUAUUCCUCUUGAUAGCAGCGAUCGUCAUAGUUUACUUCGGUGUAUUCCGUAAGUAAUGAUUUCAAUACCUUUUACUCAGUAAGCUAUGAGGCUAUAUUUUCAUCAAUUUU